AUGAUUCAUGACGAAAACCAAUAUUUACUAGUGCGUCAACACCUACUUGCUCAACCUACCACCAGUGAACAUGCUCGAGCAUCAAGAAUAGCCAGUCAAAUGGAUCGUAAUAAUCGCACAUCAACCACGGAUCCAUUAAUACAACCGAAAUUACUAAAAGCACAACAGAAGAAAAAUUUAUCAGCUCUUAUACUUAUUCAUUACACUCAUGAACAACGUUUCGCAUACUACAAAUCAAAUACAUCAAACAUGGGACAAUAUAUUCCUACAUACAUCAGUGUUGGACAGUCAAUUGACAGUUGGAACUCGAAACAGACCUAA